CUUUGCCUCCCUCGUUAUAUAUACGUUGUAUAUAAACUGGCUGGCAGUCGCCAAAAGCAGUCGUGUGCCUUAGUUUAGACUCUCCUGUCGAGCUUUUCGCGUCGUUGUCCUCUCUCGGCACGUACGUAACGAGUGCACACGUAGUACAGUCGGAUCUCUCGUAAGUGUGUGUGUGUGCUCGAGGGCCGAGCGCGACUUUAAGUCGUCGGAAUGUGGCCCGAAGAGAUGAGGUAAGACACAGUCGGGCUCCAUAAACGAGUUGGUCGGCCGCGAGCAAACACGAGGAUGACACCAAGUUUGGUGCGUUGCGUCGCCUACUACUUGGUGGCGAUAGGCCACUACUGCUACUACUGCCAGGCGAAGAUCAGCUCGAGGGAGGACAAUGUCCUGCACAUCGGUGGCAUCUUCCCGAUCGCUGGCGAGGGCGGCUGGCAAGGUGGUCAGGCGUGCAUGCCAGCGGCCAAUCUCGCCCUCGAGGACGUCAACAACGAAAAGAAUCUACUGCCGGGAUUCACCCUGAAGCUGCACUCGAACGACAGCGAGUGCGAGCCGGGACUGGGCGCCGCGGUCAUGUACAACCUGCUGUACAAUCCGCCGCAGAAGCUGAUGCUGCUCGCGGGCUGCAGCACCGUCUGCACGACCGUCGCCGAGGCGGCCAAGAUGUGGAACCUCGUGGUGCUGUGCUACGGGGCCUCGUCGCCGGCCCUCUCGGAUCGCAAUCGCUUCCCCACCCUCUUCCGGACGCAUCCCUCGGCCACCGUGCACAAUCCGACGAGGAUCAAGCUGCUGCAAAAGUUCGGCUGGUCCCGGGUCGCCAUACUCCAGCAGACCGAGGAGGUCUUUAUUUCGACAGUGGAGGACCUGGAGAACCGUUGCAAGGAGGCCGGCAUCGAGAUCGUGACGCGCCAGAGCUUCCUCACGGACCCGUCGGACGCGGUGCGCAAUCUGCGCCGUCAGGACGCGCGCAUCAUCGUCGGCCUGUUCUACGUGGUGGCCGCGCGCCGGGUGCUCUGCGAGAUCUACCUCAACGGCCUCUACGGCAAGUCCUACGUGUGGUUCUUCAUCGGCUGGUACGAGGACAACUGGUUCGAGGUGAAUCUCGACAAGGAGGGCAUCAGCUGCACCAAGGAGCAAAUGAGGCAGGCCGCAGAGGGCCAUCUGACGACCGAGGCCCUCAUGUGGAACCAGAACAACGACACGACCAUCAGCGGCAUGACCAGCGAGGACUUCAGGCAGCGCCUCAAUCGGGCUCUGAAGAAGGACGGCUACGACAUCGACAACAAUCGCUACCCCGAGGGCUAUCAGGAGGCGCCCUUGGCUUACGACGCCGUCUGGUCCGUCGCCUUGGCGUUUAAUAAGACCAUGGACCGGCUGAGCAAGCAGGGCAAGAGCCUGAAAAACUUUACCUACAACGACAAAGAGAUGGCCGACGAGAUAUACUCGGCCAUCAAUUCGACUCAGUUCAUCGGGGUCUCGGGCUACGUGGCGUUCAGCUCGCAAGGCGACCGCAUAGCCCUGACCCAGAUCGAGCAGGUGAUCGACGGCAAGUACGCCAAGCUCGGCUACUACGACACCCAGAUGGACAAUCUCACCUGGCACAACAUGGAGCGCUGGAUCGGCGGCAAGGUGCCCCAGGACCGUACCAUCGUCAAGAAGCUGCUGCGCACCGUCUCGCUGCCCCUCUUCAUCACCAUGUGCAGCUUCUCCACGCUCGGCAUCGUCGUCGCCCUCGGCCUGAUCCUGUUCAACGUCUGGAAUCGGCACAGGCGCGUCAUCGUCUCCUCGCAUCCGGUCUGCAACACCAUCAUGCUCUGCGGCACCAUCGCCUGCUUCAUCUCGGUCUUCCUGCUGGGCCUGGACGGCCGCUUCAUCAGCGCCGACGAGUACCCGAAGGUCUGCCAGGCUCGAGCCUGGGUACUCUCCGUCGGCUUCACCCUGGCCUUCGGCGCCAUGUUCAGCAAGGUCUGGCGCGUCCAUCGACUCAACACCAAGACCAAGGCCGACCACGCCAAGCUCUUCAUGUCCAAGCAGAAGAUAUCCUCGAUCCAGAAGAAGGUCCAGCCCUGGAAGCUGUACACGAUGGUGAGCGUGCUGCUGGCCAUCGACGUCAUCAUCCUCGGGGUCUGGCAGCUCGUCGACCCGCUCCAGCGCACCAUCGAGGUCUUUCCCCUGGAGAUGUCGACGGCUGGGGACGACGACGCCCGCAUCAGGCCCGAGCUCGAGCACUGCGAGAGCGAGAACAACAUGAUCUGGCUUGGCAUCAUUUACGCUUACAAGGGGGUAAUACUGGUGUUCGGUCUGUUCCUGGCCUACGAGACGCGCAGCAUCAAAGUGAAGCAGAUCAACGACUCGCGCUACGUCGGCAUGUCCAUCUACAACGUGGUGGUGCUCUGCCUCAUCACGGCCCCCGUCACGAUGGUCAUCGCCAGCCAGCAGGACGCCACCUUCGUCUUCUCCGCCCUGGCCAUCAUAUUCUGCUGCUUCCUCAGCAUGGCCCUCAUAUUCGUGCCCAAGGUCAUCGAGGUCAUCAGGCAUCCCAAGGACAAGGCCGAGUCCAAGUACAAUCCCGACAUCACCAUGUCCAAGGAGGACGAGGAAAAGUACCAGAAGAUCGUCAGCGAGAACGACGAGCUGCAAAAGCUCAUACAGCAGAAAGUGGAGAAAAUCCAAAAGAUCAAGGCCCAAUUGGCGGAGCUGGAAAAGGACGGGGGCGGCAGCAACAACGGCGGUGGCGGAAGUGGUAAAGAUUCGCUUAUCGUAGCCGACUACGUGACCGGCGAGGGAACGUCCGAUAGCGCCAUCGGUGGGGGUAUAUCCAUUUAUACGAGAUCCUCGCGCGCGUCCGGUUCCGACUUUGAGUUUUCCGAGUCUUAUCUCUAAGUGAAAAUUCAAAUCCAAAGAGGAGAAAUUAGCCGAAUUCCAAGCUGAACUUUAACAACCGAUUCUCACCUGCAACCAUUAGCAAUUCAUUGUGUAUAAGAGUAAAAUAACGUAUUUAUAAAUAGACGUCUAGUACAAAGUUUUGUGGGACCUACCAAGAGGCGCUACGACAGAUGGACAACGUGUACCUAAAUAUACAAAUAAUACUACAUAAAACACCUACAACUACUACUAAUCUAUCGCAUAUACAAAUGUUGUACGUUUAGAAGACGAUCGGCUUGUGCGUAUAAAGCAUUGAUAUCUUGACAUCAUUAUGCAAGUCGAUUUUAUAUAUUUACGCAAUAUAGCACGUUCUCUUUUAAGCUAAUUAUCCGAAUCACGUGUGUGUUUCUGUGUGUCUCAUUAGAUCGUCUUGUUUUUUCUUCUUAUUGCUGAUUUUUUUUUCAUCUUCGCAAUAACGAGCACUGAAAGUCAACGCACGCGUGUAACGAUACACAUUUUUUUCGGGCUAAUCGUCGAUUUAUACACGUCAUAAAAAUAGCACUAUUUUUUAUCGCGAAUGUAUUUUUCAAAAAAGUAAUCAAAAGCACCGAUCGCAGCGGUUCAACGGCGUAAUGAUUUUUUUCUUCAUUUUUAUAAUAUAAACAAAGAAACAAAUGAACGUAAUACUCGUACCUGCAAAUAAACGGGAUGCCUAUUGAAACGUCGGAAUUGAGUCGCAUCGUGACGGGAUUCGAAGCCUAAUUAACAUUAUAUUGACCCAAUAACGGGAACUCGAUGUCGUCGCCACUAUUUUCGGCACCAUACACACUUUUACACGAUGCAAAGAUAGCAACAUUUACGGGGUCCAAUAGUUUUGAUUUUUUUUCGAAAUUCAUUAUCGGCGUCUGUCGACACUCUUUUUGGCACCGAAGGCCGCACAAAUCAACGGUUUUAAAGGUGUUUAAGCAAAUACUUUUUAAUACACAGAGUUGAAUUUAAUCACGCAUCUCAUUUUUUACUUCUACAAUAUUAUAUUUAUAUUUUGGAAGAUGCUAGCAACGCGCGCUCGACUGUUGAAAUUGAAGAUAACUUUUUUUAAUGAAGACAUCGUAGAUCGGUGCUCUGUAAGACAAAAAAAGAGAAAAAUCAACACAAAUAUAUACAUUUAAUAAGAGAAUGUGUCAGGCAUACAUGGCACGUUUAAAUAUUUUUCUCAAAAUGUUACAACCACCUUUUUAUAAUAAAAUAAAGUAAAUUGCUCGAAUUGAGAUGUAACUGCACUGCCACGGCUGCAGACAAAAGUAAUAAUUCAUGUAUUCACCACACUAUUAUAAAAUGAAAAAAAUGCAAUCACGCGCGUCGUUAUUGCAUUUAAAUCUCGUUAGACAAUAAGAAUCUCGUUUUGUUCACACUUGUAAACCUCAUGAAGUAAGCUCCCAAAUUACUUGAACCAGUCAAAUAUCGCACACACCAUUCCACAUUCAAAAAAAAAUUCAAAAUAAAGCGAGAGACGAUAAUAAUUCUUUCAUGAUCAUUCAUUUGCUAACGAGAUUUAAAGGCUAUUGACGGGAUGUAAAGCUGGAGCCAUUCGAACAGUUAAUUUGGGAGUCUUGAUGAGGUAUUUUAUUCAAAAUUGUUGAUGAAGCAAAAGUUUUUGCAAAACUACGUACGAAAUCAUUCGUAAGAUUCGCUUGUGCAUAUACAUGAUCGCAAUAAUUGGAAGUCUCGACUCGAAGGGGACAAAAUUCCUGGACUACCCGGAAAACUGACGAAUGACUCCUCGUGUGCCAGAGCUUCGCACGCCCACACAAACAACUAACACAUAAUUUUUACAAGCAAUUGGAGACUCUGAUGUCGUGCAUAACAAUGGCCCGCCCUGGGCACGAUUUGUUUUCUGCUUCCAGACGGAGAUCGCGCUAACAACGCCGCCGGCUGACAUUGGGAGAGUUGAGGUCACGUGAAAUUCGUGUACUAAAAGCUACACGAGCUCAGGCAGGCAAACGGAUGACAAAAAUAACGAUAUAAUCGGCCCCCGUUUGAAUCACGUGAUCGACCAACUAAAUACCAAACUCGCUCCUCUCUUUUUAUACAUCUGCAAAAAAAGUAAUCAAUAAUAUAAUUGCCGAAAUCUUAGAAGACUGGAUAGAAGAGGAAGAUACGAACAACAUCAAAGAAACGAAUCGAUAACGACGAAACAAUUAUGUGUACACGGGUGUGUGGUACCGAAAAAUAACUUCAAUUGUGCACUGCGAACGUUCAACUGCGAAUUCGUAUACAAUACAUUUAUAUAUGUGUUAGGAUUUAUAUUAUAUACAUAUUAUAUACGACAAAGUCCGUUUUUACGAGUUUAGAUAAAAAGGAAAAAAAAACCAAAUCUUUACUAUUAUCGAUAAAUAAAAUUGCCGAAUCUCUACAUAUAACGUAAACUCUACUGUACUGUGAUCUCUGUAAUUAAAAUUUUGUUUCGUGGAUGAUUAAUUUCCACGAAUGAAACACGAUUCUCAUUAAUCCAAAGUAAUUUUUCAAUAGGAAGCAGCACGGUAUUAUGCAAUUGUAGUAGCAAUUAUAUGAAUUCUAGAAUUCAACGAUGAUAAAGUCGAAAUGUUUAAAUGAUAAGAUACAAGAAAAAUAUGGUGCAGAAAAUGAUUUUUAACUCGACUCAUUUAUAACGAUCUGUGAACGUUACGUUACGUUUCUCGCGUCAAGUUGAAAAAUGUACAUAAAAAUAAUUAUUUUGCAAACUGUUUAAGUUUCAAUAUUGUAUAUAUGAAUAAUUAAAUAGAGGAUUUGUUAAAUUUUGUUGUUCCGAGAAAGAAGGGAACACCAUAAUUAUUUAUGCGCACACUGUCAAUACACAAAAUUUAGAUUACUAUACCAUCGUUAUAUGAUUUUAAAUAAUUUGUAAAUACGGUGUGCAAAGUUACGUUACACGAAGACGAUAAAAACUGUAUGAUAUACAAUAUUAUGUGAUGGAAGAAAGUAUAUUUAUGAAAAGUUAUUGUUUCAAUUUGUCCAAUACGCAAACAAAUCUGCAAUUCGAUUUAUAAUCCUAUUGUAGUAAAAAUUUCAGAAAAAAAGAUUAAACUGGAUAAGGAUUCAACUUAAUACAGAAAAAUAAUAACAUUAGUGGCAAUGCUAAACUGUGGCAGACGUACUUUAAGAUACGAUUUGAUUUGAUCGCGAAAAAGAGAAAAGAAGGAUGAAAAUAGUAAUUAAUACGCAAAUACAAGAGUUGACGUUGUUUUUUAAACGUUUUUAUUCAUUCGUCGUACUUUCAAUAAGUAUAAUAAAUGUUUUAUUUGAAA